CGGCAGCAGAGAAGGGACGCGAAGAAACAAAGAAUAUGGGAGUCACAAAGGAGCAACUCGAAUCUACUUUAAACUCUAAGCUCAAUCCUCACCAUCUGGAGGUAACUGAUACAUCAGGAGGAUGCGGGGCGAGUUUCGUUAUCGACAUCGUGUCGGGACAAUUUGAAGGGAAAAGGUUGCUCGAGCGGCAUCGGUUGGUGAAUGCCGCUCUGGGGGAGGAAAUGAAACAGAUCCAUGCUCUCUCCAUUAAGAAAGCUCUGACCCCAGAACAAUGGAAGCAACAGAAAGAAUCUGAAAAAGAGAAAUCAGAAUCUGCAGCUUAGAAAUAACAAUGGUUUAUAUAAGUAUGUUAUGAGAAAGUGAUGAUAGAUUUAAAUAAAAGCAUACCAAAUAGCUACUCAAGUACUGAUCUAAGUCUGAUUCUGUGUAUGAAACCACUUCUGCUUUUGAGUUUGUUGUGAUGCGGCAUCUUCAGAUAACCACGUUUGUUUUGUAGGAAAAUUUAUAAGGAUAUCCGGGAAAAUUUAUAAGUGGAUGCCCUGAACACGAGAAUCUUGGAAACCCGUGUUUCAAAAGGGCAUCCAAAACUUGUAAGAUGUCUUCCGUAUGGGCAUCCUAGGAUACCCGGACAUCUCAACAUCUUCGGGUACCUUACAUUCCCACAAAACAAACGUGGGAAUCUAGAUGCCUGUCCAACGGGAAUCUCGGAUUCCCACAAAACAAACGGCCCCUAAGGACUGGGGAUUUACUUGUCUUUGUAUCGUUCCAUUCGAUCUUUUAGGUCCCUACUUGACCUCGACGGUUAUGCCACGAUGCAUUAUUGUUGUUAUAUUAGACUCAAAGGAUCGUUCUUCAAAA